AAUAACGUGUCGCAUUGGUAAUCUUGAUUUGAUCACAAAGGAGGACAUUAGUUUCUCGUUUGAUUUCAGUCAGAGAUGGAGUUUAUUGAGAAUCCUUGUUGUUGCUAUAUACGCGUAUCGGAAAUAUUAAAAACGUUAUAAAAAACAUUGUAACAGAUUAAAGUAACGGGUUUUAUGUAAAUGUCUCUAUAUCGGUUUAAAAAUUAUCACAUAGAAUCUAUCGCACCGAGCUGAUGUCUCCACAUUAUUUUUCUCGAAUCACUUUGUCGAACAUAACCUAUGUGUAUACUGAUUUUUUAUUAUUUUUAUUGCAAUUGAUUUUUAAAGUGCGAGAAGAAAUACGGCUGCAUUAUGGCAAACACCUUGCACAAGGACGGAUACGACACACAAAAAUUAAUUAAGUGUGGAGGCAGCGGUGUUCUUGGACCAAAUGCUGAUAUGAAGUUAGAACCAUCUAGUCCUACGGAAAAGUAUACUUUCUCUCGUUGUAGUAGUACAGGCUCUGUAAAUACUGCAUCCUCGUCUGCUCAAAAUACAGACGAAGACAGUGAUAAUAAAAGUUCAACUAUAAGUUAUAAGGAAAGACGCAGGGAGGCUCAUACUCAAGCGGAACAAAAACGUAGAGAUGCCAUUAAGAAAGGAUAUGAUUCGCUUCAAAAUUUAGUGCCUACUUGUCAACACACCGAUUCAUCCGGUUACAAACUAUCCAAAGCUACCGUACUUCAAAAAUCUAUCGAUUAUAUACAGUUCUUGUUGCAGCAAAAAAAGAAGCAAGAAGAUGAGCGCAACGCAUUGAGAAAAGAAGUUGUCGCUCUGCGUAUUAUGCAAGCCAAUUAUGAGCAAAUUGUUAAAGCGCACCAAACGCAACCUGGUCACGCAGAAAUGCGUGUAUCGGAUGAGGAUAAAUUCCAAGUGUUUCAGGCGAUAAUGGAUCGUUUGUUUCAAAGUUUCAACACUAUCUCUGUUGCGAAUUUUGCGGAAUUGUCCGGCUGCGUGUUCAGUUGGUUAGAGGAACAUUGUAAGCCUCAGACUCUUCGCGAGGUAGUAAUUUCCGUUUUACAGCAGCUCAACAACCAAAUCAGCUAGUCGAAUGUAUCAUCGGAGUUAUCUCCAUCGCACAAUGUCCCUGUUUUAUCAACCUGUAUAUCUUUCAAAGGAUACUCAGACCGGUCGUCAAUGAAGUUACCAAAGGGGAUGAGAGAUGAAUGUCGUACAAGAAUUAAUGAUAAUAAUGAUAAUAAUAAAAACAAAAAGGACAAAUAUUCAAAAGAAAAAAAAAACAAAAGAAAAAAAAAUAUAUGUAUAUAUAUAAUGUAUAUGUAUAUACAGGUAGCUCAUAAUGAUCGCAAGAUGAAAAUAUAAAUAGAGAUUUAUUUUAUAUACGAUCAUAAAAGUAUAGAAGAGAUUAAGGACUAUUUUGUGAUUUAUG